UUCUGGUUUCUGAUUUUUGUCUUUUCAGUUGUAUAGAAACGGGGCGGCUCCAGCUGAAUGGAUCCUUCUUUAUAACUACUUUCUGAAGGUUUUGUUCUAUAUGUGAAGUGGGUUAUGGAGAAAUUCUCUUUUCUUAUUCAGCUUAUUCUUUCUAUUCUGGCAUUUUCUUCACUGUUUCAUGGAGGGUUUGUUAGUGCUGCUAGAACCAAAGAUGGAUCUGAACAAUGGGGAUACAUUCAAGUGCGGCCCAAAGCCCACAUGUUUUGGUGGCUUUAUAGAAGUCCACAUAGAGUUGAAGAUCCAUCUAAACCUUGGCCAAUUAUUCUGUGGUUGCAAGGUGGACCUGGUUCUUCAGGAGUUGGGAUUGGAAACUUCCAAGAGAUUGGACCCUUGGACACCGAAUUGAAGCCUCGGAACUCCACCUGGUUGCGGGUAGCUGAUCUCUUAUUUGUGGAAAACCCAGUUGGAACUGGAUACAGUUUUGUGGAGGAUGAAAAGGAGUUGGUAAAAAACGAUGAAGAGGCAGCUACUGACUUAACUACCUUGCUGAAAGCGCUCUUCAAUAGAAAUGCUAGGCUCCAAAAAUGUCCUCUGUACAUUGUAGCAGAGUCUUAUGGAGGAAAAUAUGCUGUUACUCUUGCACUAUCAACUCUAAAAGCCAUUAAAGCUGGAAAAUUGAAACUUCAACUUGGAGGAGUUGCUUUGGGAGACAGUUGGAUCUCCCCUGAAGACUUUGUGUUUUCAUGGGCUCCCCUUCUCAAAGAUGUGUCGAGGCUUGAUGACAGUGGAGCCAAAAAGGCAAACAGUAUUGCUCUACAAAUUAAGAGGCAACUUGCAGCAGGCCACUAUGUAAAUGCAACAUAUUCAUGGAUAGAGCUCGAUGGCAUUAUUAGCAUGGCCAGUAACUUUGUGGAUUUCUACAAUUUUAUGCUAGAUUCAGGAAGAGACUCAAUUUCUGCAAUGGCUAUGGCAUUGUCGAAGGGAGAAAGAAUGAAGAUGUACUCAAGAUAUCUCAAUUCCAAGAGCUUACUGGCAGGUGGAAGUGAUGACAUUAAUACACUGAUGAAUGUAGUCAUAAGAGAGAAGCUUAAAAUUAUCCCCAGAGGUGUAGUAUGGGGAGAGCUAUCAAUGUCUGUUUACUCAGCUUUAGAAGGUGAUUUCAUGAAACCAAGAAUAAAUGAGGUUGAUGAUCUCUUAGCUGAAGGGGUCAAUGUGACAAUAUAUAACGGACAGCUUGAUGUCAUAUGUGCCACCAAAGGAGCUGAAGCAUGGGUGAAGAAACUCAAGUGGGAUGGACUGAAACGGUUCUUGAGCAUGGAUAGGACUCCACUUUACUGUGGGCAUGAGGAUGAAACUACAAGAGGAUUUACCAAGUCAUACAAGAAUCUACAUUUCUAUUGGAUACUCGGGGCGGGUCAUUUUGUACCUGUUGAUCAGCCCUGCAUUUCAUUGAAGAUGGUAGCUGACAUUACACAUUCUCCAAUUGUUAUUUCUUCCUAGAACUAGAAACAGAAAUCCAGAAAAAGGAGAUAAAUUAAAUAAGUAAUACUACCAGAAGAAAUGGAGUCUAACACUCAAACAACAGCAACUAUAAUGGCCCCAGACUGAAGAAAUCACAGUUCUGAUACCAACUGAAUAAAUGUUACUCCAUUUUUUUCUUGCAUUCUCUUCUUAAUUUUCAUUGUUUUUUGUGAAUCUUCUUUGUAAUUCAAAGGACUGAAUGAAUAGUCAAUGGUAUCUCAUCCACAAUCCACAUGAAUAAAUAUGAUAAUUGGAGGUUGGUCAGAUGUUUCAAUCAUCCAAGUCAUCACUCUUUGAUAGAUA